CGGAAAUUGGACGUUGAAGAAUGAAAGGCGCGCUCUACGGUUUUCAAGACUUGAAACACAUAUUUUACCCAUCUAAUGAGUAGUGAAGUCCCCAAUUACUUCUUAAAAUUCACUCUAACUGGUCAUACAAAAGCAGUCUCAUCAGUAAAAUUUAGUGAAAAUGGUCAGUGGUUGGCAAGUUCAUCAGCUGAUAAAUUAAUCAAAGUAUGGAAUGCUUAUGACGGGAAAUUUGAAAAAUCUAUCAGCGGUCAUAAACUGGGAAUCUCAGAUGUUUCAUGGUCUUACGACUCAAGAUUUCUGUGUAGUUCCUCCGAUGACAAAACUUUAAAACUGUGGGAUCUCGUCUCUGGCAAGUGCCUGAAAACUCUUAAAGGUCACAGCAACUAUGUUUUUUGCUGCAAUUUUAAUCCACAGUCAAACCUGAUCGUUUCCGGCUCGUUUGAUGAAAGUGUCAAGUUAUGGGAUGUGAAGACAGGCCGGUGUAUCCGCACGCUUCCUGCCCACUCUGAUCCUGUUACAGCUGUUAAUUUCAAUCGUGAUGGUUCACUUAUUGCUUCCAGCAGUUAUGAUGGACUAUGUCGAAUCUGGGAUACCGGUUCUGGUCAGUGUUUGAAAACAUUAAUAGAUGAUGAUAACCCUCCUGUUUCAUUUGUUAAAUUCUCGCCUAAUGGCAAAUAUAUUCUAGCUGCUACACUCGAUAGUUGUCUCAAAUUAUGGGAUUACACUAAGGGUAGAUGCUUGAAAAUUUAUGGAGGGCACAAAAAUGAGAAGUAUUGUAUAUUUGCAAAUUUUUCAGUUACCGGAGGCAAAUGGAUUGUCUCGGGGUCUGAAGACAACUGUAUUUAUUUAUGGAAUUUGCAAACAAAGGAAAUUGUACAAAAACUUUCUGGUCAUAAUGAUGUUGUUUUGUGUACUGCUUGUCAUCCUCAAAUGAACAUGAUUGCUUCAGGAUCGUUAGAGGGCGAUAAAACAAUUAAGAUUUGGACUAGUGAUAAGUGA